AUGAAACAUCCAUAUCAAAUUCUCGCGACUAAUAAAGCAGGUACUCACCUCUUUGCAUCCGUUAAAAACGUCUUACAAGUAUUUGAUCUUUCCACCGGUCAUAAAAUCGGAGAAUGGAUCGAUUCAAUCCCAACUGAUCAAGUAACUCAUCAAAAUUCCCAAGUCAAAAUCUCCAAAAAGAAAGGUGAACCAAUCUUUUCACAACCUAUAUAUAACUAUAUCCGAGCAUUACGUUUAUCUUAUGAUGAGAAAUACAUAAUAGGAACAACAGAUAGUGAUAAAUCUGUAUUUAUUAUUCUGAUUGAUUUCACAAAUGAAACCAAUUGUUUAACAUUGAUGAAAAGACAACCAUUCCCCAAAAGACCAUGUUCGAUUUCUAUUGAUGACAAGAAUGCAAAUGUGGUGGUUGCUGACAAAUUCGGGGAUGUUUAUGUUAUUCCUAUAGAUAAUAAUGAACCUAUUGCUCAAAAAGAAUUAGAACCUGUAUUAGGACAUGUUUCUAUGUUGAGUGAUGUAUUGAUGACCAAAUAUAACAAUAAACAAUUUAUCAUAACUGCUGAUCGUGAUGAGCAUAUCAGAGUCUCAAACUAUCCCAAAAGUUAUGUAAUCAAGGAUUGGUUGUUUGGACAUGAAGAAUUUGUUUCUGAAUUAUAUAUUGACCAAAAUGAUGAUCCUUCAGUGUUAUAUAGUGGUGGUGGGGAUGAUUUUGUAUGUUUAUGGAAAUGGUAUGAUAAUAAAUUAUUAACUAAAGUUGAUCUUAGAUCUUUAAUUGAAGAAUAUUUACAUGAUGGUCAUUUACCUCCUGAAAGAUUCUUAACUGAUGACUCUAAAAAGGAAAUUUCAGUUGCUAAAUUAUUAACGGUUAAAACUGAAAGGAAUCAUUUAUUAAUUGUAUUGGUUGAGAAUACUCGUUGUUUAUUGACAUUUACUAUUAGUGAAGACUAUACUGUUGUUCAACAUAAGCAAACUAUUGCAGUUGAAAAUUCAAUUAUUGAUAUCUGUGUUGAUCCAACCAAUAAGAAAAUCAUUGCGUCAUUGGAUACUGAAAAUCAAGAUGAACUCUUACAAAUCUUAUCAUUCGAUGAUCAAGAUCAAUUGGCAGUUGAUUCUCAAUAUCAAAAACAAAUUAUAGAGAUAGCCAAUGCCAAUCCAUGUGAUGUUGAAAAUAGACUGGAAUUCCAUCAAUUGUAUUAUAUCAACAGUUUAAGAAAGAGAAGUGAACACUAA